CGAGAAGAAGGGACCUUAUAAGAACGUUCACAAGAAAUGAGGGGAAGCAGUUUGCUUUGCCUUGCCCUACUCAGAACAUUUUCAACUCCUCCGCAGAGCUCAGCUCAAACCUGAAGCUAUCCUCCUCUCCUAUAUUUACAAAGGGAUGGACGUCGACUGGUGUCUUUCUUGUGAUCGUCGAAUUGACGGCGUGACUACAGCCUCUGGCCCAUAUUGCUCCCCAGAGUGUCUUUCAUAUGCUCAACCAGCAUCGUCCUCGCCAAGGCUCGCUACUCAAGUAGCUACCCCUGCACCAAACACUCACCACAUUCACCAAUGGGCUGCCGCUAUCCCGCCCCACGUACCUGCUGGCGCACCCUCUUCCCCCUUCGCAGAGGCUUUUGAGCCCACUUCACUAUCUACUCAGUCAAUUCGUCGUUCUCCUUCACCUCGUGCCCGUUCUCAGGCAACGCCCAAAUUGAUUGAGCGCACCUCAGCUACAGCACUUGUCCCCACUCUUUGUGUCUCGUCGCCGGCACAAGUUCGACCUCUCCCCCCUACGCGCAGCACGAACUGCGCUUAUUUUAAUGGCAAUACGGCGUCCAACACCACUGCCAGCAUGAGCGAAGCGAGCACUUCCCUUACUAGUCUCUUGAGCGAACCGCUCGUGGCUACUCCUGAGGAAGACUGCCCCUUCGGUAUUGGCGCUUUCGUGCGCUCUUGGGUUCACCGCGACCGUGAACAUGCAAAGUCCAACAACGAAGAAGUCGUAGAGGAAAUUAAAACAUAUUUCCCCCCUUAUUUAUCCGCCAAAACAUCUCCACCUCGUUCAAAAAAAGCCAAGAUCAUCCAGUCGCCUUCGCCUGCACCUAUGAUACGCCAAAAAUUCCCUGUUAUGAAAGCUACUCAUUUUAAUGACCGUGACCGUUCAACACCCACCGACUCCCACACACCUACGCCUGUUAUCUUCCCUUCAUGCCGGGCUGCCGAGCUUGACUGGGAUGACGACGAUGACGACAACGAGAGUUUCGUCCCACAGGCUCACUACCAACACUUCCAGCAGAAGUACAAGCCUCAGAUGCGUUCGCCAUCGCUCUCCCCUUCUGCUUCCUCCGGUACCGGUUCUUCUAUCCUCCUGAUGGCACCGAAGCGAUUGGACGUCCACGGUCGUCGCGGUGGUCGUGUUAUCGCCCCAUGAGGUGCUGCGCGUCUUUUUCAUUAUCACUAUCGCCCCCUUCCUCACUCAGCAUAUUCGUAAAACCGCCUCGUGCCGAUAGGCGCUCAUUGACUUAUGGACCCUCGAUAUCCCCAAAAUUCACCCUCAUGGUUGUUGUUCGU